AUGAAAGUUUCAGGCAAUGGAGCAAGAAUUACAAGCAUUCGGAUUCUUUCGGAAAUCUCCUUUGCAAUCAGCUCGGUGUCGAAGCGCGAGUUUGGAUUGCUCUCCGAGUUAUAUACGCCCAAUGAGGGCCCUUAUAAACUAACGCGCGGUCCUGCCGAGCAGCCCUACAAUAUCCGUGCUGGUGAAUCAUCACCUCACCCGACUGAGGCUCAAAUCAGCGAGAUUCUCCACCCCGCGCGCCUCGAAGCUCUACGACCCUACGCGGCCUUUUUCGGAUCCCUCGGGGAAGGACUCUGGCUCCGACUCUGUUACGACGAAGCAAACGAAGAGAAGUACGAGGCCGUCUGGACCAAAAACGAAGACUCGGAUUUCGUCUGUCCAGAUGGGAUCAUUCUCGACGACAAAGAGAUCUUCAACGGACGCGAUCUUGCCCGUACACUGGAAUUAAUCCCGAACGAAUGA